UUGCACAUAACAUUUAUGAACAGUAGACAGGAGCGGUUUGGCAACAUGACCCGAGUAUAUUAUAAAGAAGCUGUUGGGGCUUUCAUAGUCUUCGAUAUAUCAAGAGGUUCCACAUUUGAGGCGGUCUUAAAAUGGAAGAGUGAUCUUGAUAGUAAGGUCCAUCUUCCAAAUGGCAGCCCUAUUCCAGCUGUCCUCCUCGCUAACAAAUGUGACCAGAAAAAUGACGACCAUAACCCUUCACAGAUAGACCAGUUCUGCAAACAACAUGGCUUCAGUGGAUGGUUUGAAACUUCUGCAAAGGAUAACAUAAACAUAGAGGAAGCAGCCCGAUUCCUGGUAGAGAAUAUACUUGCAAACCACCAAAGCUUUCCUAAUGAAGAAAUUGACCUGGGCACAGUUAAACUGGAUCAGGACACCUUGAGAGCAGAGAGCAAAUCUCAGUGUUGCUAACAGUGCUCUUGUUUCGAUCACGCCCCGCACAGCCUGACUCCAUUCCAAGCAGACUCCAGUGAAGGGAGUCCCACUGACAUGCUGCCUUGUGAGUCUUCACACAGAGACCAUUCCAAUGCCAGCAUGCUCCAGCCUCCGCCAGUGGAGAACCCCUCCUAGAGGCUCUGCAGCUGCACAGAAAGAACACUGAGGCUUUGAUGGUUGCCAUGCUAUUGAGGCUAAUGUUUACAUUUUGUUUGCCAGCUUUUAAAGUGCACAUCCUCAGGAUUUGGUUAGACUUCCAAGUUGUAGCCUUGAGAGUAAGCAAUGGGGGUGGUAAUAAAAUGUGCUAUUUUCUGGUGAUUUCAUGAGUGUUAUUGUCCCACCUUUUAGUAGAGCGAUGUGAGUUAUGUUUGGACAUUGCUAGAAGGAGCCUGAUGUUCCUGUUCUGCAUUUUUUUUCCAUUUAAAAAUGUUGGUGUUUCCUGUAAAAUUGUUACCCUAACUUGUUAUGGAUGUCAUCUUCUGCAUCUGGUUGUUAUUGCUAUGGCAAAAUAUGGAUCAACAUUUUUUCUUCUUUCUCCCUAGUUCUUAUAUCUCUCUCCUUACUGUGCAUUUAUAACUGAUAAUACUAACUAGGGUCUGUUUUUUAAAUUUGUAGUAGUAGUGGUCAAGGAGAGAAUUUGUAUCAAAGCAUAUACAAUGAAGUUUGAAAUUCUGUAGUAUGAAUUGUAGUAGAAACAAGCCCAUGUAUCCUUUUUUGUAAGGUAUUGAGCAUUUAACAGUAAUACCUGAGAAAUUUAAUGCAGGCUCACAACAACUGCAUUACCAUUGUAGCCAAAUUUUGGGGGGAAAAAUAAGUGUUUGGACUGAAUCCUUUGCCUUGAAUUAAUACAGUUCCAGAUAGGAAAACAGGCAUGUAAUUUUCUUCCUUAGGAAACUUUGUAUUUACUCACUUUUGCCUCCUAUUUUCAUGGGGUUACACGAUACAUGUGAAAGGUUGAAUUUCUUCCCUUCUGAACAAUUUCAAAGACCUUUUGAAAUAAUCCAAAGCUAAUGCAAAAUGAGACAUUGACUGUUUUUCUAUAUAUUAUAUGUGAACUUGGCUAGAAGAGAUCCGUGUAUUCUCUGAGAGGAGAGAUUGAAAAUAGAAUUCAUGCAAUUGUAUUUGCUCUAGCGGUGUAUCCUAGUAAUAAAUAGUAAUUGCCAUGGCU